AUGUGCAGUGGGUCUACGUCUGGCGCACUGAAUGAAGACUUUGCAAAGCCCGUGAUAUUUAACACAUCUGUUAAAGCGUUCCGAGAGCAGAAAUCCGUUUAAGACAUUAUUCCAUGACGAGGUCCAGAUUGAGCGUUGAGAAUCCGAAGAAACACGAAGCCAAUGGACAUUUUACGCAAUCCACAUAUUCCUAAGUAAAUUCCCAUUUUAAAGUAGGGUAGUUGUUAAGGUUGCUAAAUGAAACCAUGGCGAUUAGAUUUAGCCUAUCGUUGUUGUCAUGAUUGUGAAAAUUAUUGUCAAUAUUCAUAGCCUAUAUUAUUUAUGCAUUCAUGCAAUAUUUAUUCAUUAUAUUUUGUUGUUGUAAUACGAAUUAAUUGUUGUUGUUGUUGUUGUCGUUAUGAUCGCGUUAUUAUAGCCUAAGCAAUGGGGUAUAAACUCAACUGCAUUCAAUUGUAAUUUUUAGUGGGCUAUAGCUUUCAUUAGGACUUUUGAUCCAUUAAAAAACAGCAGGGGAGCCGAAUAAAUAUAGCUGCUUCUCCUGGUUAAGCCCUCAUUCAGAAGCUCCAAAUUAUGUUUGAAUCUUUUAGGAUAGCUUUUUAAUUAGCCUGCGUGCGUCUCCACCAAACAAAACCCAAUCGCAGGGCCUCAAUGGAACGUGGUCAAUAUGCAAAAUUGAUGACUAUGCCUCUUUUGUGGAAGGGACAUUGUGUGUUCCUUGCUUAUGAAGUCUAAUCCAAUCAUAAAUUGCACUCUCUAGCCAAUCAGCGAUCCCGGGACGGCGCUUGAAAGCGACUCAUGUAGAGAACUUUGUUGAACCUCAUUGUUAAGGCUGACAGUUCUGAAAGGAGCUUUGGGGCAGCCUGCUAUAAAACGCCUCUCCCCAGAGUAGAGGGGCCAGAGGAGUGAAGAUAGUCAUUCAGAUUGGAACCUAUCAGAUCCUCACUUGUUCUUGACGGAGUAUUUCAACAGAUCGUUUCGUGUUGCGUUAUAUUACAGACGGGACCAUGAUGAUCCCAAGUGUCCUUGCGCCUAAUGCGAUGUACCCAGUCCUUUACCGCCCCUCCGCCUCCUUGCCGCUCCAGCGGUCUCUGCAGAACGCGUUUCCAACCCACUCCAGCUUUCUAGUGGAGGACCUGCUACGGAUAAGCAGGCCGGCGGAGUACCACUUCAGCCGGACGCUCCCCUCAGCAAGCGUCUCCCCGGCGACAACCACCACAACCAUGUCCUUCUGUGCCAUGCCACAGGAGCGCAUCGUCUCUCCAACUGCCUCGACGCGUGACUCAUGCUCUCCGAAAACGUCACAACUGAGUAGUAAAGACCCAACUUAUCUUAAAUUUGGAGUCAGCGCAAUCCUUGCACCAUCACCAAAGACCGCAUCGUUGCCCCCCGCCAUUCAUCACAGUAUGCACCCCAAGGUCUUCUCUCUCCCCUACUUCGACGGAUCCUUCCACCCCGCCUUCUUCAGGUCUACAUAUUUCCCAGCAUCUUCAUCCGUCGUGCCCAUCCCCGGGACCUUCUCUUGGCCGCUGGCCAGCAGAGGGAAGCCGAGGAGAGGGAUGCUCAGACGGGCAGUGUUCUCUGACGUGCAGCGCAAAGCUCUGGAGAAGAUGUUCCAGAAGCAGAAAUACAUCAGCAAACCAGACAGGAAGAAGCUGGCCUCAAAGCUCGGUCUCAAAGACUCACAGGUUAAAAUCUGGUUCCAGAACCGCAGAAUGAAGUGGAGGAACUCUAAAGAGAGGGAGCUCCUGUCUUCAGGAGGUUGUCGCGAGCAGACCCUGCCCACCAAAACGAACCCACACCCAGACCUCAGCGACGUCGGCAAGAAGUCCUCCGCGGAGGAGGACGAGAUGGAAGAGGACCCAUUCGGCGCUAGAGGCGCGCCUGGCCUUUGCCAUUCCCCCGCAGCGGGGCACGAGCUGUCCAACAGCGGCGGAUCGAACCUCUCAUCGCCAUCUCUCUCCAGCAAGCACUCGGAAUUCUCAGAAUCGGAUGAAGAAGAGAUCACCGUUUCUUAAUUGAUUUAUAAAAACUCAAAGAUAUGUUUAUAAAAUGGUUAUCCUAUGCGACCAUGUUUGCAAGAGGCUGUAUCCCUUAAUUUAGACCCAACUACUAAAAAAUGUAUUUAUUUCAUAUUCCACAAUAUUUUCAAACAAUGAACUUCUGUCAAAUCAAAUUAGGCUACAUCCAUUAUUCUUUCUUUUAAAAAUAACUGCAGGGUCUAUUUUAUAGAAAGGGCCGGCUCUAGCCUUUUUGGGGGCCCUAAGGGAGAUUUUGUUGGGGGGCCCCCACCAAGAGGGCAUUUUUUUUUAGUUUUGCGUUUUAAAGUACAUUUCCGUCAAUUCUACACAUUUUGACAAGUGGCGAAUUGAAAAUGUUGCAGUUAUAGAGACAGUUUUCAGCAGGUCUACACACUUUGCCAUGGGGUGGAAAGAAAAUGUGGCAAUUUUAUAACACAUUUCAUGCAAUUCUACUCAUUUUCCCAUGGAGUUGUAAGACAUUUUGCAGUUUUAAAGCAAUUUUUCUGCAGUUCUACAAAUUUUGCCAUGGUGUGGAGAGAAAAUAUUGACAUUUUAUAAUAAUGUCAUUAAAUUCUACUCAUUUUGCCAUUACUUGUCAUGUUAAUGAUAGCUGAGUGAGAGUGAUUAAUGGGGCUCUGGGCCCGGUCGGAAUUCGGCCAUGAUUUCUACAAGUUUAGAUGACUGGCUAGACUAACUUACCAAUCUAAAAAUUGUUUGCAGGAAUGGCUAAUUGAGUGACUGUCAGUGACUGACAAAACAAGAGGAAAGCUGCUGAUGCACAACCAAAUUUCAAACUUGCACCUUGUGUAUUCUACUAUUCUAACUCUCAACAGUAAGUUGAGAACCUGACUGAGUUCAAAAAAUUAUAUAUAGUGGGCCCUAGUGGCCCUAAGCGACCGCUUAUAUCGCUUAUGCCUGGAGCCGUCCCUGUUUAUAGGAUAUACUUAGAAAUUAUUUGCUGUUUUGCACAGCUCUUUCAAUUGUACAGUAUUUUGUACAACUAUUUGUAUGGAUAUUUUAUGCCAAGAAAAUGGAGUUACCUGGACUUACAGUUUUUAUUGAAAAGUGUAGACAUUUCGUGCAUAAUUUAUACGGAUUUGUUAAUUCAAUGUACUGUGUGUGUGUGUGUAUAUAUAUAUGUGUUAAUAUUUCACUAAGUUUGUUAUUUCAAUGUACUGUGUGUGUUUGUGUAUAUAUGUGUUAAUAUUUCACUAUGUUUUGUACAAAUACCAAAUAAAAUGUAACAGUUAUUACAUGGUAUAACUUGUUACAAAAUGGAAAUGAACAACAAC